UUGUUGUUGUUGCGACUUUCAGGCUAAAUCUUUAUUUGUUGCAAUUGCCAUUUUUGCUUGCAGUUCGUAUCGCGGUGCCAAGGGGAGGUGGAUAAUGGCACGUAAGGCCCACAACUACCACAUGUACAACGCCAUACCCGGCGGUAUGGAGUCGGACGAGGAGGAGCUGGAGGACUUGAUGCAGUGCCUGAAGAUCAAACGCCUGGCAGACAUCACAACAGGUGCCGGGAUCAAUGGUCGCAACUUCGACGCCACACUAGACGCCGAGGCGGAGGAGUUCUUCAAGGUGUUCCGUGAAAAGUGGAACAUGUACAGCAAGAAGAAGUCGCCACAUUUGUGCAAGGAGUUUGGCAAGGCGCUGAUAAGCCACCCGGAGCCGGCACUGCUAUUGGCUUUGAAGAUAUUCGCCAAUUGUCCCGACAGCAGCAAUGUAAAGCCCAAGAGCUUGUCGCACUUCGUGCUGGACACUGUGUGCAAGCUACAUGAGGACUACCCGGAGCUGCUCUUCGAAAAGGACUGUGAUCCAAAUACCAGUAUGAUUGCCUUUAACUUUGUGAAACUGUCGGGCCUGCUGAGCCUCAACAACGCUGUGAUCCAUGCCUACAGCCUGCGCCAAAUACGGGAGCUGUUGCUACCCAAACUGCGCGAACUGCUAGAGGCGGGGCACGUUAAGGAGGUAACUCAGUGGACCAUAAGCCUGCAGCUAACGCAUGAGUUCGACAUGAUGGACCUGGCCUUUCCGUUGAUUGCGGUCGAGAAGCUGCCGCUGGCCGAGGAGUACCUGGACCAUGCCAUCGAGCAGCGGCUGCCAUUCGUUAAGUUUCUCGACUCGCUGCUCCACAAGGAGAAGUCGGUCUUCCAGCUCUGCGAGCAUCUGCUGGGUCGCUACAAGAAUCUCAAGGUCUCCCACAAUGUGCUCAGCUAUCGGCCCAUUUCUAAGAUAGUGGCGCGACUGGCCAAAAAGUACGGUUUCGACGACACCGUGACGCCGAACUACAAGUUCACCAAAACGUGCAGCUACCUUCACUACCUCUACCGUGAGUACGAGAAGACGCGCAUCAAUCUGGCCAGUUUCCGGGAGCUUGUGAGUGUCCACGCCUAUGACUAUGCCUUGUGCAAGGACUUUGUUAGCUAUUUGGCUGGCGCACAGGCUCAUUCAGAAGCUAUUUACUGGUAUAAGCAGUUUAAGCUGAACCCAAACGAUUGCCCGAUGGAAAUUAAGUCGCAGGUGUCGCGGAAUGGCUCUACGCAGUUGAAAAAUCGAGGACCUGAUGCCGACGACGAGGUCAGCCACUGCGCGGCCAGUGGCUGUGAUAUGUACCUGACCAUGGACCUGCCGGACGAGUGCCUGAACAUUGUGGACACGGCGGCGCAGUUUGAGCGCAUGUUAAUCCAUCUGCAGAAGGAGCGCAUCAUUUACCUGGACUCGGAGUGGAUGCAGAACGUGUGCGGUGCCAGCCAGCUAUGCGUGCUGCAGAUAGCCACCGGACACAAUGUCUAUCUGAUCGACUGUCUGGCCCGAGAGAGUCUCCGUGCGGAGCACUGGCGCUCGCUGGGCGCCAAUAUCUUCAACAACGUUAAUAUCCUGAAAGUGGGCUUCUCCAUGGUCAGUGAUCUCAGCGUCCUGCAGCGCUCACUGCCGUUGCAGCUACGCCUGCAAAUGCCACACCAUUACCUGGACCUGCAAAAUCUCUGGAUAGAGUUAAAAAAGCAUCGCUACGGGGUGGAGCUGCCCUACGGUAAUGUGAACAGAGCUGGCGAUGCCCUCACCGAUCUCUCACUGGUGUGCCUUGGCAAGAAGCUGAACAAGUCGAAUCAGUGUUCCAACUGGACCAAUCGUCCGCUGCGUCGCGAGCAGAUUCUUUAUGCAGCCAUCGAUGCCCGCUGCCUGCUACUGAUCUAUAACACUCUUCUGGCUCGCGUGUCCUUCAUCAAUGUGGCCAUUGAGAAGAGCAUUGCUAGCAACAAUUUUUUGAGACGCGGUGCCAACCUUAAGUGAGGCCUGCGUGGAUCCUGAUUCUCACGGCGCGGAUGGUGUUUCGACGACAAAGGCAGCGCGUUCGACCGUUCGCCCAACCUAAUCUUAGUGCAAACAUUAAAGUUGAAAAGUAUUUAGCGUACAAUUACCGAGGCAGCUUAAUCGGAGGUACUUUGUACAAAGGAGAUGUUACAAAUGAAAAGGAACCGACGAUAGAUUACUGACGAGAAAUGAAUUUUAUCCUCAUUUACUUUAUAAUUUGGUUUUUGAUUUACUUGUAAAUAUUAUAUACCCUUGCAUUAUUCCAAUUAUUCACACAGAGAACACAUGUAUUAUUUUUUGUAUUUUCUGUUAUGUAGUCGUACAACGAACCCAUCUUUAUUUACUCUCUCACGCAUAAUCAAAACUAAAUAAAAGCAAUGAAUAAGAUUAAA